GAUACAAGAAAAGUCACCCACCAAACAGACGUGCUCGUCCCUGGAUGAAAGCCUGGUGUACGAUGUGAGUGGAGCACCGCAGGAGGGCGGGCACGGGUUAGCAUAAAGGGUAGAGGCAUCACUGCGGUAUCUCCAGACGACUAACUCGACCCUUUUGGCAAAGGAACCCCGCUUUCAGCCAGCUCUCUCACCCACUCUCUAUCUAUCUCUCAGCUUCAAUGAUAGGGAAACACCGGGAUUCCUUUGUAUCCUCGUUGAACCAAUUCCAAGUGGUGGUAUUAUUCUUUUAGUUGGCAAGGAUUUGCAGUUCGUGACAAACUUUCUACGAAGGCAAACUCCAAACUCUGAUCAGGAUGGCCCAGAAAAACAGAACGCAGCUCGGCAUGUUCAGCUUGCUUCUCGUGGUAGGGAGCUUCCUCGUUGGGGAUGUGAGCGCGGCGUGCGGUGGUGAGGAGACGGCCAGCUACCGGCUGGAGUUUCAGGGUCUGUGGAGCGAGAGCAGGUUUCCAAAGAGCUUCCCGAAGUAUCGUAAGAACGCCCAGUGGUCUACGCUGACUGGUGUCUCUCACGAUGACCGAUUCAGGAUGUGGGAGCCAAGGAGACUAGCUGGUCAAGCCUUUCGGAACUUUGUGGAGGGCGAGGACCCGUCUGGGACCAAGCUGCAUGGCGAGAUGACCCGGAACACGUCCGUGCACGCCAUCUUCGCCGCUAAGUCUAUCCCCACUGGCACGGGGGCAUCUUUGGCAACAGCUUCGCUGAGCAGAGACUUCACGAAGAUCUCUUUUGCCGUUCAUCUCAUCCCCAGUCCUGACUGGUUCGUCGGCGUGAGUAAUCUAGACCUGUGCGAGGGGGGUACGUGGCGCAAACAACCCCUGGAUCUGUACCUCCAACCCUGGGAUGCAGGUACGGACGGUGGCUUCUCCUUCACCUCCCCGGACUACGUCAGCACUCCCCAGGAACCCAUCAGCCAGAUCACGGCGCACUACCCAGACCACCCGGCCAACUCUUUCUUCUACCCGCAGCAGGAGGCGCUCUCCCCCAUUGCAAGGGUGACGUUGACGUGGAAGGAGGUGGACGACACCAACGUGUGGAUAAGGGAUCUCCAGGCUGAUGGGAAUGGUGGGAGGGUUGGGUCUACCGUGGAGACCAACGUUAAAGAACAGAAAUAUGUAUUUCCUCCCAUUCCAGACACAGAGAUAGUUGUGCCCUAUGACUGCCAGGUGAAAUCGUGGGGAGCCUGGAGCCCCUGUUCGACCGUCUGGUGCAAGGUCAGCGUCAAGCAACGCUACCGCAUGGUCAUCGAGAAGCCGAGAAACGGAGGGGCAGACUGCCCGAGUCUGAUGGGGCUACAGGCGUGCGAGAACCCCGUAGGGAAAGCCCAGAAAAAGUGCCUCAAAACCCGUUUCAAAAAGGAGACGAAGAAGUAUAUGAACAAGAUGAGGAGAAACUACAUGGGAAAGAAAAAGCGCAACAAGUUUAUUGUCUAAACUUGAUGUUUCAGAAAUAUCUAUUCGAACAUUAUAAAGUAUUGAUUAAUUAUUGAAAUAGGUUCCUGCAGCUUUUUAUAGAGAGGGUGGAAGUAUAGUCUUGAUUGACGACCCUGUUUGGGUGUAUUGGUCACCAGCAGAGAGCGCUACAUGGAUUGAUUUGGAGGCUGACUCGGAAGGACUGGGCGAGUCUAAACAUUCAAAUCGAAAUGUUUGUGUGAUACAGAUAAUAUCUCUUCUCCAGUAGUUGUAGACAGUAGUUCAUGUUGCGAUAUGGGCAACUUCUUAAACAAAAUGAACGUAGCCAAUCAAGACUAGAAUGGACGGUCGUUUGAAGGUGAUGUUGUAUUUAUCUUCAUUCGAAUGAAACAACUUAACAACCGUCAGUAAGAAAAACAAGACAGUUAUUGUCGGCGAUUUUUGACUGAGCGAUCCUGGACUCCUCUUCGAAUUCCCCGUAUGCAAACAGUACGAUCCCAGCACUGAUUCUCCAGAAAUUAAAUAGAGGGGCCAAUCUAUACCUCUCGUCUGGGCCUCACUGUGUUCGGUUGAGUUUCUAUGGCCCUUUUCGAAUCCACGGCUUCGGCUUUCGGCUUCAGGCCCCGUCCUCUCGUCUGAAGCCCUUAGCAAGUACGAAAAGCACGCGCAGGUGGCAAAAAAAAAACCGCAGGGCCAAGCUAGCCUCAGCCGAAUCUGGAGUAGAAGCCGUGGUUUCGAAAAGGGCAUAAUUGAAUGUGGACAAGGUGAUAGUGUCAACAUGUAUACACCUUUUCAUAUCAAGAGGGAGCUAGUAUGUAUACUUUAACAAAAUGUUGAAAAUCUAUCCAAUGACCUUUGCUCGAAAUAUGUUUUUCUCGAUUUGGGAUUUCUGAUAUUUUUAUGUUCAAAUUGCUAAGGGGAAAACGUUGUACAUUGAAAAGAAACAAUUUUAAGCCAUUUUUAGUUUGUAUUUGUACGUUGUGUAAUUUAAUUGUAAGAAUAAUAUUUAAAAAUAAGAUAUAUAUAAUUAAUUAAAUGUCCAAAGAUAUUAAGACGAUUGGUAUGCCAGUCAGAAAGUUGACAAAGAGGAACGUAAACUCACCACUCCUUGCCUGUUUUUGGCUGUCUUAAAAUGUGGCACUCCCGUAAACGAUUGUCUUAAGAACUUAAAGGCACUGGACACCUUUGGUAAUUGUCAAAGACCAGUCUUCUCACGUGGUGUAUCCCAAUGCAUACCAUAACAAACCUGUGGAAAUUUGGGCUCAAUUGGUCAUCGAAGUUGCAAGAGAAUAGUGAAUAGCAUCUAUCUGUCUGUCAUUUUGAGUGAGAAAUUACCUCUUUCUCAAAAACUACGUUGCCACUUCAGAGGGAGCCGUUUCUCACAAUGUGUUU